AUGCGGUGCGCGAACAAGGUCGCUGAGAGCGCGUCUGCACGUCUCUGUGCAGACGCCGAAGCAGAAUCCGCUGCAACCGAUGUGUCAUCGGUUGCUGAAGUGUCUCAGUCUGUAUCACCUGGUGAUACAUGCGCUCGUCAUGAAGACACUCAUGUCUUCACAGAGUAUGAGCUCGGUGUCUCAUACUCUCCUGAUACGGAAGAGGGAUAUGUAUCGACGGCGGUUGAAACCAAGCCGCCUACCAAGCGUGGCGUGGAUAAUGAUACGAGUCGUAGUAUCUUUGGUUCGCCUGACGAAUCAGAUGAACCAUCGCCGAAGCGAAGGCGCUCGAAGUCGCAAGACUGGGGCGCUCACAGUGGUGUCGGUUCUCCUAUGGACAUCACUUCGCAACGAGGUGCCAGUACUUCUGUCGGCACGUCGCAAGAAGAGCGGGACCGCAGUGUAUUGCGUCUCGCCCCCGAGAAGAAGGCAUGGAUGUCUCCUAAAUCUGUCAUGGAUCACUUGUCGGCGACGACGAGUGAUCGUUAUCGAACACGGUUGUUCGAUUCGUCAAGGAUCCAUCACCUUGACCCCAGCGCGAAAAACUAUCGCGCUGAAAACGAAUUCUUCAUCGAUUCUUUCUUUAGACAUCGAUGGUACAGUGGGAAUCACAAGCGUGAUGGUCCCUCACUGCUUCAAGCGUGGAACGCCUACAUCCAUAACCUUGAGGAUGUAGGUCGUGACGCUUGGAGCGACAAACUUAUCAAAGCUCGUGAUAAGUUUGAAAAGCAAACCCCGACAGGUGCACGCUACAAGCUGCAUCGUCUGUCAAGGGAGAAAGAAUUACCCUGCCUCUCUUGGGGAGACUCGUGCCCAUGCUGCGAGAACAACUCUGCACGAGCACCUAAGGAGGCUUACCUUCCUUAUAGCCCGUGGUGGCGCACUUUCUCCGGCGGUCCUUCUGCGGCACGGGAUGUGCUGCGUCGUACUGCUCAACCAGACCCAGUACGUCGAUCAUCAGUUGGGAGCGGGGCUCCCAAGAAUCCCAGGACGGGGGAUAGCCGCGCCAUCGGACGAUAUAACUCGUCCGAUGUCCGUUCACGUCGCGGUGGUUCAACAGCUGCUCAACUAGAUAGCGCUGGCCACCGCGAGAGUCCUCUAAUGGAGCAUGAGCGGGACAGGCGUCUCCAACUGGCGGACACUGUCUCGAAGCAUCGAGCUGAGUUUGCCUUUGCUCAGCUUGAGAACGAGAGAGCUCUGACGUCUCUGCGUUACGAGCUAAGGGUAGCUCGUGGGGAUGUUGAGCGGUCUCGGGAUGAGAUAACUGCUCUUCAGACUCUUGUCGAUAUCCACCAUCGAGAGCACAAGGCUCUCUGCGAGAUGCUUGAGCGCAGGGGCGUUCUUCAUCGGAAGAAGCAGCGUACUGAUGGUACGGCUUAA